AUGGAUGCCGAUGUCUAUGCGAUCGAAAUCAAUGAUGAUGACGACGAUGCUGGCAUAAUUAGCAUCUCCGAUAACCGCCAAAGUGAGGACGAUGAUACCCUCACUUGUGAAGACAACGUUCUUUCAGCAGUGCACACGAAGCGUACUGCUGAUGACAAGGAUGAAUCAGCAGAGGCAUUUCUUCUGACUCGCGAAGCGGUGUUCCGCUUCGUUCAAGACUCUAUUGCAGAUGCGCUGGACCGACGAAAGAGAAACGCAGACAAACUAGGAAGAACAAGUGAUCUUUAA